AUGCUUAAAGGCCUCGCCGUUUUCUGGGCUGACGGGAGGAACAACAAGUGGACCGAGUUUUACAACUUCAUCAAGGACAAUCUCCAGCAUCAGUUUACCAGAACUCAGGUGUCUGAGGAGAUUCGUAGGCUCAAGGGCAAGUUUGAGAACAAUUUUAAAAAAACUCGCGCCAAUGGGGACUGGCUUGAUUUCUUGGACGCCCAUGAAUCCGCUGUGUUUGAUGUGUCGAAGACACUAUGGGGUGAAGAUAAAUGCGAAGCUGGGGAUAAACAUGCUGAAAAAGAAAAGGAGACACCACAAAAGGGAGACAGAAGCAGAUUCCAAAAGAAGAGAAAACGGGCUGGGAAAGAGCAUGAUGCAGACAAAGAGAUAAUGAAGAACCAAAAAAAAACGGGGAAGAUUGACAAAGAGGAGUUUGCUUCUGCGUACCCACUCGUGGCAUUGUCUUUGAAUGAAAAUGGAUAUCCCAACUUCAUCAAGGAGAAAUUCCUUUUGAUUGGCAGAGAGAAGUUACAGGAGCUGGAAGAGAAGUGGAGGGAUGUGAAAGCUGCAGAGCUUAGCCUGGAGCUUAAAAGGAUUGAUUUGAUUAGGAGGGACUUGCACAAUCUACUCUGA